AUGAGUACUGAAGCAGAACAGCAGCUUCUCCAUGAUGCUAGAAAUGGAAAUGCUGAAGAAGUUAAACAGCUGUUGGAUACCAUGGACAAAGGAGAAAUAAGCUUUGAUAUCAACUGUAAAGGCAGAAGUAAAUCUAAUAUGGGUUGGACACCUCUUCACCUUGCAUGCUACUUUGGACAUGCUGUUGUGGUAGAGGAUUUGCUGAAGGCUGGUGCAGAUGUGAAUGUGCUGAAUGACAUGGGGGACACUCCACUCCAUCGUGCAGCUUUCACAGGACGUAAGGAGGUGGUGAUGUUACUCUUGCAGCAUAAUGCUGAUACUUCUAUUGUUAAUGGGAGCGGAGAGACUGCAAAAGAAGUUACUCAUGAUAAAGACAUAAGGAAUAUGUUGGAAGCAGUGGAAAGGACACAAGAAAGGAAACUGGAAGAAGAACUCUUAGGAGCAGCAAGAGAGGGGGAGACAGGGAAACUGACUGCUUUGUUGAACAAGCCCAAGCCACCUGAUAUAAACUGUACAGAUCAGAUGGGGAACACACCAUUACACUGUGCAGCAUACCGUGCCCAUAAGCACUGCGCGUUGAAACUUCUAAAAAAUGGAGCAGAUCCUAAAAUAAGAAACAAAAAUGAUCAGACGCCCCUUGAUCUCGCCCAAGGUGCAGAAAUGAAACUGAUACUGGGAGGUAGAACUGGAAAGAUUAUCAACAAACCCCUGAGACGAUAUGAAGGUCUCCUAUGGAAGAGCUCACGAUUUUUUGGUUGGAAACUCUACUGGAUAGUUCUGGAACAUGGAGUCCUUUCCUGGUAUCGGAGACAAUCUGAUGCAGUGAACAAUGAUCAUCGUCAGGGAUGCAAGCAUUUAACACAAGCUGUCUGCACGGUAAAAUCUACAGACAGUUGCUUCUUUUCUGUCAGAUGUUUUGAUGACACGGUUCAUCGUUUCAAGAUUCCUAAAAAUAGCCUUCCUUCUCAAACUAGAGAGAGUUGGCUGGAAGCCAUAGAAGACCACUCUGCAUAUAGCACCCAUUACUGCACACAGGAACAGUUGAGUAGUGAUGAUGAGGAAGAUGAUACAGUAUCUGUUACACACCUACAGGAUACUCUCAAAAAAGCACAAGCGUGCCAACAAAGACUCAGUAAAGAGAUUUCAGACUUUCUUGCAAUGGUUAAAUCUUUGGAUGCUACAAAAGAAGUAUCUUCUCCCUUCCUGCAAAAAGUUGAUGUGGUCUCUGAAGUAUCCCAGGAAACAUGUGAAGCCCUGGCUGACUGCCUCAACCUAUUCACAAAGCAAGAAGGG